AUGGCGCAGCCUCACAAGGCUGGAGGGACUUCUAUCGACACUGUUUAUCUGAAGGAAGACUCUGGCCCUUCUCAAGCCUUCUUACAUGGACCUGAUGGUAACAUCAGACACUUAAGUUCAGGGGCACAGAGGAAUGCUACCUAUUCCCGUUUUCUCUGGCUCGCGAUCCCUACGGUUCUCGCGGUCGGUAUCUUUGUUGCAGACUGUCGCGAUAUAACAUUUGGUGGACGAUUCUACACUGUCGUGGUCGAAAAUCGCGCCUCCAUUUCGAUUGCGGUUGCGGCUGUCAGUGGACUUUUCAACUUUGCAACGCGCCUCCGUCUCACCAAGACUCCUACAUCGCUUGGCGUGCUGCAAUUCUGGAACGCAAUCAGCUCUGGGAUCCUGACAUGGAGUCUGAGGCCCGAGCUCCUUGCUCUUUUGUGCAUCUAUUUGGGAGUGGCUGCUGUUCCAAGUGCGAUUUGGGCCGGCUCACUCACACCAGUCGCUACAUCCACAAGUCAUGCAACGACCGUCCGAAUACCUCAAUAUUCCAACUUGUCUCUGGUAAGAGAAUGGCCGUCCGAAAUAGGGAGCUCAGGGCCCUUUCUUCGAAACACAAAGGGCUUCUUUACUUACUCCAUCGGGAUUCAAUACGUCGGGCAGUUGACGCAGUCACUCACUACCGGCACCACGACUGACGGGUCAGCUCGCCAUCACAUCAAAUACGACAACUCCAAUUUCUUAUACAUUGGGCGAUCCUUUGGAGUCGGCUCUUCCGUGGGGCUCGUCGAUGAUGACAUUCUCCGGAAUCCCCUGGCCCAAAGCUACCACUUCCAAGAGCUGGGAUACGCAACUGAGGUUAGUUGCGACCGCAACACGAGCGCCGGUUUCUUCCAAAUCUCUCCAGACGCAGUGGAAGACAUGCUUUAUGCGGCUGAAGGCUAUCUACCCGACAGCACUGAACCCGAGUAUUCGGUCUACGUCGGACACGGCCCCAGCGCCAUCGUGGCCUUUGGCGUUGCUGCUAACCAGGCUAAAAUGACCUCGCGUCGGUACUUGGGUAUUGCGGCCGGCAGCUCCUAUGUGAACCUGAACGCAAUACAAUGUGUGCUCGACUUCAUCCCGGCGACAUUUGACAUCGCCGUUGACGCUAACGGAAAGAGUAUCAACACCGCUCGCCGGACGGCACACUCAGGAGAUGAUGCCCAAUUUGCUCCAGCCUCUGACAUGGAGCCGUCCGGGGACUUGACUCACGUCGUAGCUCGGCAGUUUGAGCUGUACACCAACGACCUUACCAACAUCUAUCAGAGCGUGGUUGGGAACGCGUUGAAUCUUAGCAUCACAGACUACCAGACCUUUCUCCUACGAGCCCAAUCGGACAACAUCAGUGCGCGCUCUUCAGACUCGGCAAGUUUGAGAGGCGUCGAAAAUUCCAUUACCGCAAUGCUUGACGACAUUCUGGUCGGGUACGCAAGCGCACAGUUGAUGAUAGCCAAGGACUCGAUCGAGAUACCCGCCACCGUCUCUCUGUCUGCCAUCCGGUUCGGUAAAUCGGUCUACGUCUAUGUCAACAUCGCCAUCAAUGUACUGGUGCUGUUACUCGUGGCAGAGGAGGCUGCCCGCAGUAGAGGGUGGAAGAACCUCGCAACUUUCGACUACACCAACCUUACGCACCUGGUCAUCGCGGCAUCGAGGGGUGGCCGAGGCAUCUUGGAUGCUGUAGGGGAAGUGUCACCAACGGCAGAGCCCAACGGAUAUGCAGCCCGCGCCGAAUUUGGAGGUUCCUGGAGGAUGACUCGGUUGGCGCGGCUGCUACGGUGGAUCUCUGGCCGCGAUAAAGCGAAAUCCCGAGUGAGGAUCUUGCUAAGGGAAGACGAACUGCCAGAAGCAGUAGAACAGGGCAGAGAACGCGAGGGCCUCGGCAGGUUUCGCCUCGCUGUCGCUUAG